CUGCGGGUUGAUUUCCGAGGAGCUUUCCGAGACGCCCUGCUUGCUGUGUCCUGUAUCAUUUGGCUGUCAAUUUUAUAACUAGAUAAGACGUUUCGUGGAGGUAAGGGCACAGUUGAAAGAAGAACAAAGACCUCUAAAAAGUCUUUGGAAACAUUUCUAAAUAUUUGCCAUGGUGUAUAAGCAGCUAAACAGAAACUGACCCAAUGAAAGUAAUUGAAUAAUUGAAGCAGAUGUGAGUAUAUCAUCACCUUGUUUAGAAGUUGAAGCAUCUUCCUUUGAAUUGAAGGAUUCGUUGCACGUAAGAAGAUAAUGUCCUUUCAAUUUAAUUUCACAAUAGAAGACCAGUUUACCGCCCUUGGAGAUGGAGCUUUGACCCUAGAUUCCUCAAAAGAAUCAUCAGCCUCAGAAAGUAGAAAAGGAACACAGAGGGGCAGAAAAUGUUCCACAGCAUCUUCCGAUGUGUCUCAGAAUCAUUUGUUGAAAACUACAUUAAUGGGAAAUACAGACCUCUCCCAAGAUACUGACAACCCACCCAGAGUAACUAAUGGGCCAGGUGAUUUGGAGCCAGGUGAAAGAUAUCCCUGCUUGAGAGUUGCCAAAGAGCAUGCUAUGCCUAAAGAUUUAAAGAAAGUGUUAGAAAAUAAAGUCAGAGAAACACUACCAGGUCUCCAGCAUUUUAAAAUGUCAGUAGUGAAAAACAGCUUGUUGAAAGGGAACUUCCCUGGAGAAAACAUGGUUUCAACAAGCCUUUCCUCUCACUCUGAUUUAAUUCCAGGUGUUUACGAAGGAGGCUUAAAAAUCUGGGAAUGUACUUUUGAUCUUCUGGCUCAUUUGACAAAGGCCAAAAUAAACUUUGCUGGGAAAAAAGUGUUGGAUCUUGGCUGCGGAUCAGGGUUGCUAGGUAUAUUUGCAUUCAAAGUAGGGGCCAAAGAAAUUCAUUUUCAAGAUUAUAACAGUUUGGUGAUUGAUGAAGUGACUUUACCUAACUUGUUGGGUAACUCCACUUUGGAAAAUGAAGAAACUGAUGUCAAGGAACCAGAUAUGAAAAGAUUCAGAAAAUCAGAAGUAGCACAGGAACUAUCUAAAUGUCGUCUUUUUUCUGGGGAAUGGUCUGAGUUUUGCAAGCUUAUACUAAGCCAUGAGGAACUCUUUGUAAAAUAUGACUUCAUUCUCACUUCCGAAACCAUUUACAACCCAGAUUAUUAUAGCGCUUUGCACCAGACAUUCCUCAGACUGUUGGGGGAAAAUGGACGUGUGCUUUUGGCCAGCAAAGCACAUUAUUUUGGUGUUGGUGGAGGUGUUCAUCUUUUUCAGAAGUUUGUAGAAGAAAGGGAUGUAUUUGAGUUUAGAAUCCUUGAAGUAAUUGAUGAAGGACUAAAGAGGUACCUAAUUGAAAUGACAUUUAAGUAUUCAAAUUAAUAUUUGCCAAGACACCUAAGUGAAAUAAACACAAUAACCCAAAAUUU